AUGACCGACGGGCAUUCUGCACCAGCCCACGAUGCAGCCCCAACAGCAUCGGGCGAUCACACCGCUGCUCCCGUGCCAGCCGAUGUACGAGCCCAUGGCGACCACCACAACCAAAGCCAACCUCAUGGCCUGAAGGAGCAGGACUCCGCUGAAAGGCUCACCCCGCGACCGACGUUCAUGGAGCACCUGGCAACCUCGCGUGACAGUCAAUUUCACCUGGACAGACAGGACUCGAGCGAGUUGGACCGUUACUUUCACGGUCCCCGCAAUAUGGACAAGCACUCCAAAUGGCCGAUUUUUAUGCGUAUGCAUGGAAGUGUCACCCCGAAGAUGAUUCUACCCAUGUUUUGGGUGGCAGGCUGGUCAACUGCCAUCACUUGCAUUUCGAAAUUUGUUCAUGACAUAAGCAUUGACAAUAUCCUACUCACCGUGCUGGGUUUCGUGGUGGGUUUGGCAUUGUCCUUCCGCAGCUCUACUGCCUAUGAAAGAUGGGCCGAUGGACGCAAGUACUGGUCCCAACUUAUACAAACCUCACGCAACCUUGCCCGUACCAUCUGGGUCAACACCGGUGAGCGCGAAGGUGAAUUAGGCAAGGAGGACCUUUUAAGAAAACUCUCCGCCAUGAAUCUUAUUCUUUCCUUCGCCGUCGCUUUGAAACACAAGCUCCGUUUUGAGCCUGAUAUCGCUUACGAGGAUCUGGCCGGGCUUGCUGGCCACCUCGAUACAUUCGCUCGCGAUGCUCAUGAUCGCACCGUUGUGAAUCCCCGAGUUAAGACCAUCUGGAAAUCUACAGGAGAGUACCUGGGAGUUUCCUUUGCCGAGUCUAACCCUCGCAAACUGAUCAAGCGUUCCAAAAAGCCCAUCGGGCACCUUCCCCUGGAAAUCCUCAACCACCUGUCUACGUAUAUCGAUUCUAUUGUGGCUAAUGGAACCCUGGUGUCUACUCUGCACCAGGGUCAAGCUGUCACAAUGUUGGCCGUGCUUAACGAGGUGCUUACCGGCACGGAGCGAGUGCUCGACACCCCACUGCCUAGUGCUUACAGCAUCGCAAUUGCUCAGAUCUCCUGGAUCUACGUCCUAGUCCUUCCCUUCCAGCUCUAUGGAGCCCUUGAGUGGGUUACUAUCCCAGCUUCAAUGGUCGCCGCAUACAUCAUUCUCGGCUUGGCGACCAUUGGAAGCGAGAUCGAGAACCCUUUCGGCCAAGAUAUCGCCAUCGAGCUGGACGUCAUCACCGCUACCCCACGGCCCAAUGUGGAAGAUUUCAUGACGCGCGCCGACAAUUUGGUUCUCUUCCCGCUCAGCCAGAAUGGCUACGACGAGUGGAAGGACCGAUCCGUCGAGGAUAUUCGCGGGGCUCUCCGAGCAAAGGUCAUCGCCAGCCCGACUGCCCUUGGAUCGGAUGCCUCGACUAAGGUGGCUAGCAUCAGCACCCAGACAAAACAGUCUGUAUGA